CGACUACAAAGAUAGUAGCUCUUCUCCUCUACUUCGUAUAUUUCUAUUUCCUUUUCCUAGAACAACAAUUUUCUUGUUGUGGGAAGACUUUCAAGAGUCCGUAAGAACAGGGUUGAGUUUACAACUAUUCUUGCCUUCGGAGGAGCUCCUGCAGGCGACAUCAAAAAUUUUGCAGAAUUGGUUCAAGCUGGUUUUUCUCUUUCCGCCGUACUUUUUCGUGAUGGUAGUUCUUACUUGGCACCUGUCGCUUCCGACCUCAGUUCGCGUGAACUAUGUGCGAACCUGCAGUCUCUUGUGCCGCUAUCUCCUGUCUCCAGGACAGCAUCACAUCUUCAGCAUCACCAACAACCCAAUCUGGCAGUUCCCGC